AUGUCCACUAAGGCUGCAACUACGACGAGUCAAACGCUAACUACGGCCCCAACUUCAAAUGGCAAGAGUGUGAAUCUGGUGAACAACAAUACCACAGCAAACGCUACCACCACGGCGACCACUUCCAGCGUUGCACCAGCUUUGCAGGCGCAGAAAGGCAAGUCGGGAAAACGACUAGAGUUGGAGAAACUCAUUCGAGAUUUCCAAAGUAAGCUAGGGAAGAAUUGGGAAAAGUACCAUGAAACGCUAAGCCUAUUUCUUGUGGGUAAAUUAUCCCGAGCGGAGUUGGUCUCGACUAUCACUCCGCUUCUCAAGGAGCAUAAUUUAUUCCAAUACCACAACAAGCUAUUGAUGCUCAACUUUGCCAAUUCGUUGAAGGACAGCGGACCUCUCGAAUUCAACAAUGAGUUUGCAUCUUUUUGGAACAAGAAACUCUCCAAAUCAACAAAGAAUGUCAAGAGCAGCCAAUAUGAGAAAUUCAAGCAAAACAUCAUGGGACUACCCAUCAAGGAGCGGAGAAGAAUCAAGAAUAUCAUGCGAGACAGCGGGAAAAGAAACAAGUUGAACGCGGGCAUCACUUUAACGAGACACACGUUGCUACCCAAGAUACCCAUGAUUCAAGACAAGGAACAGCAACAGUUGCAAGUCAACAAUUUGGUGCAGUGGCAACAGGACGUUUUGAACGGGAUGAACACCCCCAUUGCCACCGAGAGUUUCGAGAUCCCUGACGCCGACAACUUGACAAAGAUCAUGCUCAUGAUUAUGAGAGAACAUGGCUUAACCGGUGGCCUCAACCCUGGCGUGUUGGAAGUUUUACUUUUGGGGUUGAAGUCGCACAUGAAAAACAUUGUGGAAACGGCAAUUGAUGUUGCAAAGUACCGAGAGAACAAAUAUACUAAUAACGACUUUGUCUCGUAUCAGAAUCAACUCAAUGGCAAUGGCAACAGUGUGAGAAACGGGAGUGGCUCGAAAAAUGACAGCAGCCCGAGAAAGAGGAAAUUGGAUGAAGAAGAAGAAGAAGAGGGAGAAAAAGAAGAGGCAAAAGAAGAGGGAGGAGGAGGAAAUGGUGUGGUUCCUGGAAAACCCAAAGGUAGCAAGGAUAUUAUAUUAUCAGUUGAAGAUCUUUACGACAUGUUUGAAAUGUUUCCACAUAUUAUUGAACCCGGUGGCCCAAAGCUUCGAUUGGCAAACGUCUUGCUUGAAAAUGACGAUUGCCAUCGCAGCAAAGAUGACCUUGAGUACACAUUACCGCCGAAACCGACAAGUUUGUUACUGCUUGCGAAUAAUGAUGGUAAGAAAGUAGCGACAAGUGGCCCAUUGAGCCGGAUUCCAACGGGCGUGGGUAACAGCGCAACUACAAACAAUGUCAAUACCAAUGUCAAUGUCAAUACCAAUGCCAAUGCCAAUGCCACCGCAGCUACAGUGUCGGCAGCUACUUCCAACACAAGUGACAAUGCAGCUGCCAAAUUAGAGAAUGGCGCCGCGCGAUCUGCAUCGGUAGUAGAUCCAUUACAGCCCAUGCCCACGGCCCAACAACAGCCCACAGCAGCACCACAACAGCCAAUGUCGAGGCCCCAAGCGCACCCAAUGCCAAGACACGACGCGCACAUUGGCUCAACUGAUGAGUUGAAGUGGGUAUUGCAUGAUUUGAUAUCUACAAUGUAG